UACAAAAACAUAGCAUUGGGUCUGUUCAGUUUACUGAGCAAAAAAAAGUGUAGGAAUGGAAGGGUCAUACAACAGGAUGUGAGAGACAUUUGACAGUGGAAACAGCUGGAGAGAAGAGAGAGUUGCAACAGGAAUAGAUAAGUGAAAGGGGUUGAUAUUCAGCAGUUAUGUGGGUCUGAAACGAAAGAGAAGGAUUAGCAGAAAAAAGUUAACAUUCCUGGAAAACAAGGAAACGACUGAUCUGUAAUACCAUACAACAUUCAGGCAGGAAAAGAAGAGCGAUCUGCACGUGAUAAGCACUGUUCCAAAGUGGGGUUGAUUGUGGUAGGGGUAAUUCUUUCAAGUGUGUAUAUGGUGAAAUGAAACAUGUUAAAGCAGGUCUAGAAAAGAAAGAGUUACCCUUUGCUCUGAGGAGGGUUACUAGAGGAAUACGCUGUGAAUUCUUGCCUACAGAGAAGCACACAUAACAGCUGGAGAAAGUGAAGCAGGUAAAAGUCCGGCAGAAACUGUGACAGUGACUGUGUCACAGGGAGGGAGUGGCGUUGGUCUGACGAACAGUGUAAUUAAAGGGCUGGGUACAGGUACUACAGCUCUGCAGAGCAAAGACGAGGUAUGGAUCAUAUGACAAGAGGCAAUAGGCAAAGCCAUCGGAUUAUGGAUUAACUCACACCAACAUGGCAAGUGGGACACAGCAGCUUUUAACGAUGGCAGGGAAUACUGCAAGACCUGUCUUUUCUUCAAGUAGCAACAGAGGAUUGUAGAGUCAAGGUCUUCACGCAAAACAAUGGGAAACCAGGCACAAAAGAGUGUGCCAAAUGUGGAAGAUUCGUCUGACAAGUCCAAAGAAGUGGCAACAGCCAGUUAUGAGCCUCAUCCUCAGUUUCUCCAAGAUGGCGUCCAUGCUAGUCCACACUCCAUUACAAACAAAGGUGCCACGUGGAUCAUGGGAAAUGUGGAAAAUGUGACCACAGAUACCAAGGUCAGAGACUGGAGAAGUACUAGCAACUCAGCCUUUCAGCACACAGGUCAGCAGAAAGGCAGCUCUAGCAAUGUAUCCAAGGGUGGUAGUCCCACAGACAGGUCUGACAAUGUCGCAGAAGUUGGCAGUCAUGCAAAACCUGGAACAGUCAGUUUGACUCAAAAUGCAGUUUCAAACAAGGGUGACACUAAGAAAGACAGUGGUGAUGUUGUCUCAAUUUCCCAUCGAAAGAAGAUCCUAAGGGCUUUGAUUAAUCCAGAAAGUGACAAUAACAAGGGGAUAAAAAGCCCUUUCAGAUCACUUGCUAACCAGUCUCUGAACCUGAAUUACAGUGAACCAAACCUGCUAGCCAGAGCUCAGAUGGAAAAUUCAGACACAUUCCCUGCCUACACACGAUGUAAGAAAGUCUCUCUUACAGAAAGCAACAGUGAGGACAGCAUGUCGCCUGAGCCACGGAAGAACAGCAUAGGGGGCCAGUCAGUAAGUAGUGAAUAUGCUACACCUGCAGAGGACAUGAGUGAAAUCACAAGUCCUUUGGACUGGUCCCCAAACCAGGACUUUAUGAAGCUGUGCUGGCCCAGCAGGGAAAGUAGAGAGGAGUCCAAUUCACUGCAGAGAAAAGCAUCGGAGACCCUGAUAAAAGUUGCAGGUGAGAUCUCUAUGUUGCAGCGAGAGAUACAGGAAGUUGUGUCAGAGAAGGAACAAAUAAGACCACCUGCAGAGGAACCACGUUUCUUACGCUCUGCAUCAGAAUCAUUACGGACAAGAUACAAGGGGUCCAACACCAGCAAUUCCUCUGAAACUCUAAAGACUCCCGAGCUGGAGACAAGGUGGAUUGAACUUGCAAAAGGCUGGCAGCUGAGGCUAAAGAGUAUUGAAGGUGCUACAGAUUCUGGAUUGAAAGAUCUAGAAUCCUGCACUCUGUCUCAAGACAAGCAGCAAAAAACACGCUUUUCAUGGGAUCAAGAUGUUGGGACUGCAAAGAAAGAAGAUGGUACAGUGGACAAAAAGCAAUAUGAAAUGGAGGUGAAAAGACUAGAGGGUCUCCUAUCGCAACAGGAGGAAAAGACCAGCACCCUGGAAAUUAUGAAAAAUAGGGAAGUCCAAGACCUCCGACGGGAAGAGAGUCGACUGAAGAUGGAAGUAGUGUUGAAGGAAUCAGAGCUGAAGGCACUGUGGGAAAAAAUGUCUUCCCUUCAGGAGGCAUUUGAGCAGGCCAACAGGAAAUGCAAAGCACAGGAGGACAGAAUGUUAUCUUUGGACAAAGAACUGGAGCAGUUUCGCAAACAGCACAGGGCAGAGAAGGAAAAAGUUGUAUCCUUGGAGGAGACAAUACGGCAGAAAUGCAAAGAUCACAAAGCAGAAACAGACAAAGUUGCAGCUCUGGAACAGAGUUUACAACAAAAACUUAAGGAGCAUAGAGUAGAAAUGCAGAGAGCUCUAACUCUGGAACAGGCUCUCGAGUAUGAAAGGCGAGAUCAUAGGAUAGAGAAGGAGAGAGCCAUGUCUUUGGAAAUGGCACUGCAGCAAGCCCAAAGUGAGCAAAGAGCGCAUGCUGAAACAGCUUCAUCUCUAAAGAAGACUUUGGAACAAACAGAUAGUGUGCAACAAGUCAGGACAGAGAGAGUUUUAUCUCUGGAAAAGGAAUUAGAGGAGUCACAGGGUGCCCUUCAAGCCCAGCGGGAGCGGGCCUCAUCGUUGGAGAAUUUAUUAAGUCAGCUCCGCAAUGAGCUAAAAAUGCAAACAGAGAGGAUUGCUUAUCUACAGAAGGAGGAGAGCUUAAAGUUGGAUAAAGAGACUGCACUGAGGCACACACAUGAUUUGGUAAGACAGCUGGAAGGUGAAAAAGCAGAAACUCAGAAGAAGUUACAAGACCUACAGGAGAAAAUGCAUGCAGAUGCAGAGGAAUGGCGACAGUUUCAAGCCGACCUACAGACAGCUGUGGCAGUGGCGGAUGACUUCAAGAUGGAGGCAGAGGAACAGCUGCACGCAGCACGGGAAAAACUGAGGGAUGUUGAAAAGGAGAAUGAGAGACUGAAAGCUGAAGUGGUACAAAUGAAAGGAUUUGUCACUGUAGACCAUGGCAGCCAUCGAGAAAAGACGGAGGAAGCAGUUAAUUCUCUGACUGACCCCCCUACUGUAAAUGGUAUCACUCGACUCAGGAAGGGUCUGCCUGCAGGAUCCAUGAAUUCUUCUACUCAGCUGAACCAGGUGAGCACUGAAACUUCAGGCAUUAUCAGGACAUCUAAUUUACUGAAUAAAGCCACAAGAGUCACAUUCCAAACUGCUGAUAAUGAUAGUUCUUUAGCCAGAAAUGAAGACAGGAGAAAUCAGCUUCGUAAUUCAAUGGCUCAGGAAAUAACAUCAAAUGACAUACUUAAAACCAGAGAAAAAGGCCAAGAUAAACCAGGAAGUCAAGUGAGGCGUUAUGCAGGGUCACGGAGAAACGCUUUGAUCCAGUGGUGUCAAAGCAGGACAGUUGGGUAUAAGAACAUAGAAGUAACAAAUUUCAGUGUCUGCUGGAGUGACGGGAUGGCAUUUUGUGCACUUUUGCAUUCAUACCUUCCAGACCGAAUUCCUUUCAAUGAACUCGUCCCUGCACAGAAGAAACAGAACCUCAAGCUGGCGUUUGACACAGCAAACAGUGUUGGCAUACCUCAGACACUGACACUUGAAGAGAUGCUUGACAGGGACGGACCUGACUGGCAGUCAGUGUUGCUUUAUGUGGAAUCCAUCUACCAGCAUUUCGAGCAGUGAAGUACCUGUAUCACUUGUAGUUUGAUGCCAAUAAACAACAGUGACCCUGAAGCUGGUGGUGACAUUGCCGUGAUAAAACCUGUCAAUCAGUAGUAAUGCCAAGGAAAUGCCACACAGAACACAAAAUGUAACCAAAAAGCCCUAUGACUGUGUUUUUUUCACCUCGGAAUAACCAUCUUUAACUCUCUUUAAUCCUCUUUUUUCACAAUGAAGACUGCAUUAUGGUGACUUAUACUAGCUCAGGGAAGUAGUUGCUAAAUGUCGUGCUAUAGACUUCAUUCCAUUUAGGUUGGUGGUAGUAAGUCAGUUUAUCCAGCAAAGCUGCACAUUACUAGCAGCAGGUUUUUCAGAACACAUCACCACAGACAGAUGCUUUUUUUCCUGGAUAGCAGUCUUUUAACAGCGAUAAAAUUCAGACAACAACAUGGCAUUCUUCAAUGACAGAUAUUACAGCAUGGCAGACACAGUGCCAUGAGAAAAUAAGCUUGUAUUGCUUUUAGAAAGCACAGAUAUCUGUAGCCAUAUGGUAUGUACUGAUGAAUACAAAGAAACUGUCACAUAUUGUUACUAUAAUAAGUACUCAGUUACUCUAGCAUAAAGAAUGGCCUACAAUGCACUUUUUAUUAUUAAAACCAGCUGCAUGGUCUCCUCAUAUUGUAUGUUGUGCUACAAUCUAACUUUACAGCACAGGAAGCCUGGCAAAGGGACUUCUUGUCUUGCAAUAAGAAACAUGUAGCAUGUUCCCUUUGUCAUUUAAGGGAAUUGAAGGAUAUAUGUAAGAAUAGUUGUACAGAUAGAAAAACGGUUGAUGCAAGAGUCAGACGACCAUUGUCUUGCUUAGCACAGCUGAAUAAGAAAAAAUAAACAUUUUUAUUUCUAAA